AUGGAUUCUGACGCUUCAGCACCUCCUGCAAAUAAUGCACCUAGGAAGAGGAGAUUUACGCCAAAAGCUCCUGCUCAACGUAGGAUACAAAAGCCUGCUGUCCCCAAAGUUGAAAAGGUUGAAGAUGGGAUUGAUGCUGCUCAGGCUGAGGAACUGCUACGUCGUUUCAAUGAAGGUUCUGUGAAGGUAAAGCCUAAAUUUGAAAGGAAAGUUGGACCUGUUCGAGUAGUCUUUGGACAGGCAAGCUCCUCAACUCCAUCAGGGCCAUUUGCUGCUCAUCGGUUGGCAAAUCUACAAAAUGGUGUUAAAGUAGAAAAAGAUUAUAAAGAACCGUGGGAUUACUAUACCUAUUAUCCUGUCACACUUCCUUUGAGAAGACCAUAUUCAGGAAAUCCUGAACAACUUGAUAAAGAGGAAUUUGGUCAGGCGUCAGAAAGCUUGACUUAUGAUGAAUGCUCCUUGAAACCUGCUUCCGACCUCGGUCUAACGGUUGAAAACUCGGAGGAAAAUAUGUUAUUCUUACAAUUACCAAAAGUUAUGCCUAUGCUAAAGCAAUCACCUGAUAUAGAAUGCAAUGAGAAGGCUGCCAAUUCAAAGCCAUCAAAGAGUGUAGAACCCUCGCAAAAGGCCUGCAAUUUGGAUGAGUUGACAGCUGGGUUUAUGGGUAAAAUGUAUGUUUACAGGAGUGGUGCAGUCAAGCUGAAGCUAGGUGACACCAUUUAUGAUGUUUCAUCAGGUUUGGAUUGCAAAUUUGCACAAGAUGUUGUUGCAGUUAAUACCGAGGAAAAACACUGCUGUGUUUUGGGGGAACUCAACAAACGUGCCACUUUAACUCCAGAUGUGGAAUCCUUCUUAGAACGUUUGGAUAUCGAAUAA